CCAGUUACGGACACUACGCAGACCAAAUAGUACCGGAGCGCGUGACGCCCGUCGGCAAUGUCGACGCUCAGGGGUUGUCAGGAAUGCUGGGAGCUCAGGAGGCCCAGCCCUGGCAGUCAGGGCAGGCACAGCCAGGACACGCCGCGCCGGCCUACGUCGAUUACUCCUGGCUCCAGAUGCAGACAUCGGACCUGGAUACAUUGCUGUGUCGGCAGGACCUCGAGCGGCUACAGAGGCUCGAAGACGAGGAGAAGGACAGUCAGAUGGAGGAGUUCUUCGAGGUCGGGCCCCCAAGUUGCAGGCCUCAGGCGAGUUUUGUAGCGGCGCGAAGUGGACCCGGGGCCAAUCAUCAGCCACCGACUUCCGACGACGACGUAUUCCUGAGGCCACCCCUCUGGGAGGACAUUACCUCGAGUAUACAGAAGCUCGACCCCGAGAACGCCGACAUGCUCGGCCAAUCUCAGACUUCCUCGCACUUACAUGUAAAGCUCGAGAGUGUAUCGGAGGAGCCAUCGACAACACUGUCAUCGCCUCAACCGGUACUGUCGCCCCAGGAAGUGAAGACUGAACCCCAAUCGUUGCCGACGCUCCACCUCCUCGAGGCGCCCACCUCAUCGAACUUCACAACAAGUGGCAGAUCGGUCCAUCACCGGACGACUGCCUUCAAGGUCUUCCCCUGUACCAAUAACAACAACCCAAGCGCAAGUAACAACAACAACAACAACAACAGCAAUCAGCAGCAGCAGCAACAGCAACAGGCUGGAGCAAAUGCUACGUCGGCCCUCUACGGCUCGAUGACGCGGCUGAUGUACGUGUCACCUCUGACGCCUCCAAUCUCGGAUCCAGGCUCUCCACUAGGUGGACCACCCAGGAGGACGCCGCCGCCCCCUUACCCCCAGCCGCCCCAAGCAAUGUUGCCGAAUCCGGCGAACCACCGUAUCCAAACUCCGACGACGGUCCAUGCCAAAUUCAAUCGACGGAACAACCCCGAACUCGAAAAGCGCCGAGUUCACCAUUGUGAUUUUAUUGGAUGCACCAAGGUCUAUACGAAGAGUUCGCACCUUAAGGCUCAUCAGCGAAUACACACGGGUGAGAAGCCGUAUCAGUGCCAGUGGCCGGAGUGCGAGUGGCGGUUCGCUCGCAGCGACGAGCUGACACGGCACUACAGGAAGCACACCGGUGCCAAGCCCUUCAAGUGCGCAGUCUGCGAGCGAUCCUUCGCCCGGAGCGACCACCUCGCUCUCCACAUGAAGCGCCACCUGCCUAAGCAGCAUCCCAAGUGAUAAACCAGGCACCGGCCGUCACAAAUCCGCGAAUCUCUCACCCCACCCUCGGCGCUUCGCGCUCUUGUAAUUAAAAGCCUUAAUAUGUAUACGUACGUGGGAGUGCGCGCGGGCGAAGGCGCGAGUUUGUUAAGCUCCGCGUGUACGUGAUGCUCCGACAGCCAUUCCAUUGACGAGCUUGCGGCAAGCAAAGGAUUUACUAGGGGUGGAACGUUUGUUAAACGAGAAUAGUAGAGAAUCACCUUGCCAGUCGUUUUGGUCAAGCGGUUGUCUGUAAGUAGAAAAGGACCGGUAUGGUAAUACGCCAUAGGGGCUCGCCCGACCCUGUCUUCUCUCUUCAUUUGAAUAACUUGCUUUGUGCUCCCGAAAGAGCGCACAAGUUUCAAACAUACAGCUACUCUCGAAAGAGCUCUGCUCUGCGCCCAUGCCCAUGUGCUCUUUCAUUAAUCUGUAUAAAUAGCGCGCGGUUAAUUGUAACAUAUAAUUUAAAGUC